AUGGACUGCCUCAUCUGCUUCAACAAGUACAGCAUCUACAGAGUCCCCAAGCUCCUGGACUGCCAGCACGCCUUCUGCGCAGUCUGCCUCAAGCUUAUCCUCAGCAAAGACGGGAGUACCUGGAUCAUCACCUGCCCCCUGUGCAGAAAAGCCACUUCUGUGCCAGGAGGACUCAUCCGCACACUUCAAAAUAAAGGUGACAUCAUGGAGCACUUGGAAAACCCCGAUUCAAAUCCUGAGGUACAUGUCUCUGUCCCGGGGCUGGACAGCAAUAGCUGGGCUCAGACCAGCCCAGAUGCUUUAAACGGAGAGGAAAAUGUCCCAGCAGACAACAGACUGGCCAUCCAGAGACUCGUGCUGUUCCUGCUGCUCGUGGUGAUUCUCACUAUCCUCAUCCUCCCAUUUAUAUACUCUAGCCUGAUAAAAUGG